AUGGUACCCAAGCUACUGGAGCAUGUAAACCCAUGGCUAUGCUCUCAAUUCCUGGAAGUGGUCAACCGAUCAGAACCUGCCGAGCGACACGUACAGCUUAGGGCAGCCUCGCACAAAGUUCAUAUGUCAGUCAAGCAAGAGAAACCGAACUGGAGAGAUGCGUCCAUAUACUGUAUGUUUCAGAUUGCUGCGUACGAAUCUCUCUCUCAGCUGCACAUCUCCCAAGGUUUUGCUCUUCUGAACUUGUGGAGAGGAGAUCCACCAGUCCGAAACAGUGCAGCCUCAAUCCUUGAUGUAACGUUCCAGGACGGGAAAGCUUCUCUGAUGGGAACGGCUCUUUCUAUGCUGACCUCGAGGUUUGCUUCUCCAAGGCUGGAUCCCAUUACCAUAGCUGUUUGUGCUGGAGGGGGCCGGCCUUUCUCUGACCAUGGCUCAGCGCUUCAUGUCUUGCAGAAAUUGUACAGAGAGCACAUGUGCGCCAGUUAUGAUCCUGUGAACGCAGAUGCGGUCAAGCGGGAUGGAAAUCAGCUUGAGUCGUUUGGGGCAGUAGUCAUGAUGAUCAGCAGCUGGUCUCCCCCCCAGGACCUGCUAAAGAAUAUUGCCUUUCAUUGCGGCGUGGAAGACACGAGAAGCUUGGACGAAAUUCUUGCUUCUGUUGCAAGCAAGGAAAUCUUCGUGGAGAUGCUGACAUCGUGCGUGUGUAACCUGGUCCCUCUGAAGGAGAGCGAGCGGGAGCAUUUUCUGUCCGGCGCAGUCUUGGGCUUCUACACUCGUAACAGGGAUUUACAAGGGAGGGACGGUACUUUUGCAGGGCCGACUUUAUCAGGCAAGAAGAGAUGGAAAGGGGGAGCGGAGUUCAAGAACUGGUCCUCGCCUGUUACGCCGAAACAGCUUUCAGACGUGAUCUCAGGUCUGGUGUCACACGAUCUGGAUAUCCAUGUGUUCAUGGCACCCAGCAUAUCAAAAGCAGCUUGUGACGUCCUUGAAAAAGGCACCUUUUUGAAUGAUCGUGGCACAGAGUGGCUGGUCUUGCAUUUGAGAGGAGGAACUUCAACGCAGUGGGCCGCCUUUCCUUACCGACAAGAGGAGGUUGAGACCAUCACACGUAGAAAGGUGCUGAUUAUCGUGGAGAUUGGAAUCGAAACACAACCAUUCUGCGUUAUCGGGCGGGAUAGUGGUUGUUAG